AUGGAAAGCAAACCGCCUGGACGCCGACGCAUUCAGACCUUGUUUCGGCGGGCUGAAAGCUCGGCAUCGAGCCUCGUAGCCGUUCAGCCACCUCGAGCCUCGAUUUGCGAACUCUGUCAAAAGCUGAGUCUGAGCUUUAGUAAAUUGAGAAGUGGAAACCAUGUUUUUCAUGGGACACCUAGUCAGAUAGCAAUCUCAGCAGAAGCGGGGUGUCCUCUCUGUGGCUUACUAUCCGAAAAUUUUGAUCUUGGACCUAUAUCCCUGCCUAUUCGGUUCUAUGGUAUUCGAAGACGACUAUCGUUACAAGAAAAGGAAUCCUUAGUUGAAGAAGGUGAUAUUGAAGCUUUGAGAUUACUGAACGGAUAUGAUCGUGAUGAUACGAACCCGUUUUCUCACAAACUAGCACUCUACACCACUCAUGAUGAUGUUUCUGCUUCCUCUCUUAAAAGAAGACCAUUCAUAAAGGACUUUGCGUCUGAAGAAUGCUUCCGUCUUAUCAAGUCGUGGCUUGACACUUGUGUCUUCCAUCACCCUGGAUGCAACACCUCCAUAAUUUCGCAACUUCCAACUCGAGUGAUUGAUGUCGGCAUGCAAGGCGGCCAACAAGACCCCUUUCUUUUCACGCCACCCCAAGGUUACAAGUACAGUUAUGUUGCACUCAGUUAUUGCUGGGGCAAUACUGAGACUAGGUUUGUCCUUACCAAAGAGAAUUCCUUACUUCCUACGUAUAGACUGCCAUUGAGAACUCUUCCAAAGACCCUCAAGGAUGCUAUUGAGAUUACCAGAAAGCUUAAGUUUCGGUUCUUGUGGGUAGAUGCCCUUUGUAUAAUCCAGGAAGGUGAUGGAGGCGAGGAUUUUCUCAGGCAGAGCGUGACUAUGCGCCACAUCUAUGGCAACGCAACUUUGACCAUUGCUGCCGCAGCCGCAAAGAAUGUUAACGAGGGGAUAUUUCGAAAGCCUCAUCACGAACAGCCCGAAUGUAAAGUUUUAUACGACUUGCCAGACGGGACCAUCGGUACUGCAUAUCUUGAGUUUGAGGAGAACGACCGGGGCGCAUCUCGAGUCGACGAGCCUCUCAACACUCGGGCAUGGGCAUUUCAAGAACGAAUCCUGUCACCGCGAGUCGUUGUCUUCUACGAAGAUCAACUAAGCUGGGACUGUACCUCAGCCCUUAUCGACUCGAAUGGGCCAUUGAAUCCUCUCCUGAAGCAGAACCGAGACUCUCCCGGUCGAUAUUCUGAUUUUGUUGCCAGCCAAGUACCUGUGGACGAUGCGGCAACAUCUAACCAGGCAAUUUAUAUGGCUUAUUGGCGAAGUUUGGUCGAGUUUUAUUCCCGCCGAGCUCUGACCAAAACCAGUGACAAGUUGAAUGCGAUCGCUGGCUUGGCUGAAUUGAUCAAGUUGAAAACCGAAGAUUCUUCUUAUAUUGCUGGCAUAUGGAAAUCGGAUCUUGAAGCCCAAUUAUGCUGGUAUACCGACAAGCCAUUUCUCAAGCGGCCAGAGAGGUAUAGAGCACCUACGUGGUCAUGGGCAUCCAUAGAUGGACCAGUCAGGUUUUGGAUUGGCGCGAAUUUUCGACUACUUCCAGUGGAAAUUCAAAUCCCCCCAGAAGGUAACGAGUUAGGUGAAAUUCGUGAAGCUGUCCUUAAGAUUCGAGGCCAUCUACAUUCUUGGGAUCGCCCACAAAUCGAACAGCCAAACUGGACGGAUCAAAGGAAAGGACUCUAUUUUGAUGAUCUCAGCGAGAAAAAGGACUUCUAUAGCAAAGAGGGCGAUACGCGAUAUUUCUCAUUCUAUACGGGUGUUCCUAAAAUAAGCGUACCAUCUUCCACUUUAUGGAUAUAUGCUUUUAUUUUAAAGGCAGUCGGUACAAGGUAUCGAAGGGUGGGUAUUAUGGUCGACGAUUGGAUGUGUCAAAUACGUCCUAAGGAAUGGACUGACAGAUCGCCCGUAACUAUUUGUAUCGAGUAA